CAUCAAUCAAAUAAAUGAUUGGUCACGCACUUAUUUUCUUCGCACACAGUCGACGUUCCUGUCGGUGCUCGGUACGUGCGGUUAGUGAUAAUUUUACGGGACCGGUUCUAAUCGAAAAUUUGGACAUUGCCUGUCCAAUCACUCCGAAAUUGAAAUGAAAAUGUCCCACUUGGGCAUGACGUGGCUGCUGCUGGUAGUGUGUUCUCUGCUGGCAUCUAAAUUCACCACCGCAAACGACGUCUUCGGCUGCGGAGGUUUCAUCAAAAAUGCAAACUCCGAUCUGGAUUUCAGCAAGGUGGAAGUGGGUUUGUACAACCCGCAGGGGAGUUUGAAGAUCAAAACGGACUGUUCGCCUUCGAAUGGGUACUAUUUCAUUCCGCUGUACGACAAAGGCGAUUACGUUUUGAAGGUUAUUCCGCCUCCCGGGUGGAGCUUCGAACCGGAACAGGUUCCGGUCAAGUUCGACGGCGCGACGGAUGUUUGCAGCCAGGGGAAGGAUGUGAACUUCAUCUUCAAGGGUUUCGGGAUCACCGGGAAGGUGGAGAUCUAUGGGCACGACGUCGGUGCGAAGGGAGUCCAGGUUGAGCUGCGGUCGGAGAGCAACACUAAAAUAGGUCAGACCAUCACGGACAGUAAUGGGAUUUUCUCGUUUACUCCCAUCAAAUCUGGCCGGUACGUGAUCAAGGUGAAGCACGAUAAGUGGCACUUUGUAAAGUCGGAAAUUGCGGUUACGGUGACGACGGGGAACACGGAAAUUCCGGCAAAAUCGCUGAUGGUGUCCGGAUUCGACGUGGAAGGACGAGUGCACAGCGAUGGACAGCCCUUUGGGAAUGUAGGAUUUUUACUAUACCCCGAGAAGGGAGCGGAGGUUCUAUUGAAGUGCUCGUCUGAUAAUGUCCCAGCAGUGACCGGAACGGAUCCGAAAUACAACACUUCCCCGAGUUGCUAUGUGGAUGCAAACAAGGCAACCGGAACAUUUACCUUCCCUGGAGUCUCAUCCGGAAGGUAUCGUGUCGUGCCAGUGUUCAACAAUAAGGCCAUCAAAUUCCACAUCCGGCCGGAAGCCAUUGAGUUCGAGGUGGGUCGGGACGGGUUGCGUUUGGCGGAAAGCUUCGAGGUGACCGGAUUCAGCGUCAGCGGAAAGGUUCUUCAAGCAGCAGAUGGACCGGGAGUCCGCAAUGCCAAGGUUAAGCUGAAUGGAAAGGAAGUCGCAACAACCGGAAGCGAUGGAAAGUACACUCUGGAUAAUAUCCAAGCCGGGACAUAUACCAUUCAGGUUACGGCUGAUGAUUUGCAGUUCAAGGAUCACAUCGUGAAGAUCUCGUUGAGCAAUCCGGCGCUUCCGGAUGUGGUCGUAUCGGGCUUCAAGGUCUGCGGUCAAGUAAUCUCCAAGAAAUCCUACAGAGUGGCCAUCACGAAAAAAGGCUCCACCUCAACUGUGGAGGUAACAACGAAGGAGAAGACCGCUGGCGAGUGGUGCACUUUCUUGGAAAGUGGUCAAUACACCGUCAAAGUAGUCACUAGCGAAGAGGAGCACGCCGCUGGAAUUCAGUUCUUCCCUCUGACUCAGUCGAUCAAUGUGGACAGAUCUCCCCAAAGUGGAAUUAUCUUCUCUCAGCUCAGGGCUACAGUUUCUGGAGAGGUUCGCUGCCUUCCGGAUGCUGGAAACGCAUGCUCGAAGGACGUUACUGUCACAUUGACCUCGUUGGAUUCCAAUGCCAACCCGACCGGACAGGCUUCCAACGCUGAGCUUCAGGAUGGCAAGUACUCAUUUGUGAAUGUUCUUCCAGGAAGCUACGAAGUAAGCGUUCCCAAAGGAAAGCUGUGCUGGCAAUCGAACACGGUCAAGAUCAAUGUCAAAACCGCUCAGGAAACGGUUCCUACUUUAGUGCAGAGCGGAUAUGUGGUCUCGAUUGUGUCCAGUCACGCAGUGAAGAUGACCUACAAGCAGAAGGGAGUUGAAGGUGCCAAAGCAGAAGAAAUGUUACUCACUUCCGGAAUGAACACAUUCUGCGUUUCGAAAGCAGGUAGCUAUGACAUAAGUCUUUCCGGGUGUCAUCGAUAUGGGGCUGACGUGCCCAAGGCUUUUGCUACUUCCGAUGUGGCUCCAGUUAGCAUCUCUGCGUUGAGCCAUCGUCACACUGUAAAGCUUCUUGCGGAAGAGAAAGCUACUUAUAAGACACAAAUCACUACCAAGUCUGGAACGGAAAUCAUCGAAUUCAAACCCAGCGAACAACGUUCAGAAGGUUCCAGUGUCUAUCACUACGACUUCUUCCUGGAACAAGGGGAACGAAUCACUUUGGUCCCGAUCAGUGACAUCAUGCUGUUCACUCCGACGUCUUUGGAAGUCGUCGGAGCUUCGGAUUGCACCGAAGUCCCCACCAAGAUCGUGGCCAGGAAAGGCUUGCUAAUCAACGGUAAAACCAGUCCACCAAUCAAGGACGCCAAAAUCACUCUGCUCUUCCCGAAGAAUGCUGAACUGUCGCCACUGGUUGCCCUAACGAACGACCAGGGCGAGUUCCGGUUUGGCCCAAUCGAUUCCAACUUGGCGGUGGAAUUGUCUGCUGAGAAGGAGUCUUAUGUGUUCUCGGCAUUCGACAAGGCCACCAACACCUUCAGUGGACACAAGCUUUGCGAGAUAAUCGUCACCGUAAAGGAUGAUGCUGGAAACCGAUUGCCUGGAGUUUUGCUUUCCCUUUCUGGGGCCGAGAGCUAUCGCAAAAACUUGGUCACCGGUGAAGAUGGCACCAUUAAGUUCCACUCGCUGUCCCCUAGUGAAUACUACCUCAGAGCGAUGAUGAAAGAGUACGAGUUCAAGCCGAACUCCAAGUUGAUACAGGUGAAGGACGGCGCCACGGUUCACGAGGAACUGCAAGGCACCCGAACGGCUUUCUCCAUCUUCGGAUCCAUCACCUCCCUAAACGGAGAACCAUUCCCGAAAGUCACCGUCGAAGCAGUAACGGACGAAAAAUGCGGCAAUCAUCUCGAAGAGAGCACCAGCGAAGCCAAUGGCCAGUAUCGCAUUCGAGGACUGCACCCCGGCUGCCAGUACCGUGUCCGAGUCCGCACCGAUGGCCCCUCGUCCAACGUUGAUCGCUCCAUCCCCAAAGAGAAGGUCAUCAACGUCGAAAAGGGCGACGUUCGCGACGUCAACAUGAUCGCCAUCAGUCCCAUUGCCUUCGUCGAUGUCACCAUCCGGGUUCUGGCCUCGGAGAACGACUUCUACAAAUCGCUCAAAAUCUUCCUCUACAAAAAGGGCAGCGAUUCGCCGGUCCAUUCGCAGCGAAUUGAAUCUCCCCUGAACCCCAAGAGCAAGAUCAACCCCGGCAUCAUGGUCUUCUUCCCGCGAAUUCCCUUCGAUGGCAAGACCUACUACAUCGAACUGACCUCCACCCUCUCAGACAAAAACUACAAAUACUCCCUGCCGAUGGUGGAAUUCACGGCCAACAGCAGCAGCUUCUUCAGCGAGAUGCACUUCCGACCGGAGCUGCGUACCGCCGAAAGUGAUCUCAACCAAAACUCCCUAUCGGCCAUCGUGCUCAUCCUGCUCGUCGGGUUCAUCUUCUUCAAGCAGGACCUGGCGCUGGAUUUGCUGGGCAUGGCGUGGAACAAGCUGGGCGGCCUCAUCGGGGAUCUCGUCAGCAAAUCGAAACCAAAGGAAUACAAGUACGAACCGGCGGCAUUCGAUGAGAAGGAGAUCGACAUGCUUGCCUCCAGCAUCAAUUCCAUCAAGAAGAAGAAGGUGAAGAAGGCCAAUUAGGAGGAGGACGUGGCCUGGCAGCUCACAUUUUAGUCAAGAUCAUUAAGUAGGAAAGGUAAGUGGAUUCAUUUUAUUUGGAACGAGUAUCGAAGGAUUGGAUCAAACCCGUAGUAAUAAUUUAUUUAAGAGAUGUGGGUGGGUGAAUUCGAUACGAAAUAAAACGAGGUUCGAACCGUA